AUGCUCACCUAUAUGACGGAUUCCGAGGGCGUUGCCAUGCUCACAUUCGUCACUGACGGCACUUCGAACGGCCUCUUGACCAUGUUGAGCUCGACUUCGACAACGCCAGGAAUCACCAUCACUGGACCUGCAACUGCCGUACCUCGUUCCUUGUCGAGUCAACUCAACGGCGGCGAGAUCGCUGGCAUUGUGAUCGGGUGCCUCAUCUGCGCCUUCCUCGUCUUCGUCAUCUUCGUGUUGUGCUUCAUUCGUCGACGCAGAGCAAAACGAUCGAGGCAACAGGCACUUGGGACCCAUAACUGGGAAUUUGCGCAUUCGAGACGGGUGCCCUCGGAAAUCUCGCCCGUGCUUUCGAGUCGUCAAAACAGCGCCGCGACCACUGGUGAGAGUGGAUCUCGGUCCGAACGAUUUUUGGGGAUCCUCGGGAUUAGGAGGGGAAGCAGUCGUAGUCAAGAAGGCACGGCUCCCUACGCAGGCGAUGGCAAUGAGAGCUUUGGUGGCGGAAGGAGUAGUGGGCCCUCUUCGAUCGGCUCGAGGGAUGGAGUGGGGCCGAUGAUGCGUGAAGUGACGAUGGGUGGACCAGCGCCGAUGACACCGCGCCGAGGCGAAAGGGGGAUGCUUCUCGGCGCCUUCCACGAGCACCUCGACUCGUCAAGCAACGAGUAUGAACCCGAGUCCCGCGACCAAUUCGGCACCGAGCCGGAUGGUUAUGAAGAGUAUUCGCAACGAGGUUUCGGUUCCCACCACCAGCGCAGCGCGUCGGACGCUUUAGUCGCCACGUCAAUGUUGAAAGGGCUCGAACACGAUUGGCAACCCAACUCGCCGAUGACACCCCUGCUGAUGCGCAACAGCGAUCCCAACUCGUCCAGGUUGGCUACGCCGCCGCGGGAUCUCGACAGCCGAGCUCGAAAACCUCCCAAGCGUCGACCCGUGUCGGAGAUGGGGUGGUUGAGCGGUCGAGGUAGUAUCGAUCCCUCGACUGCAAGCUCUCGAGAAAGCACCGUGCCCACAUUUGGGAGCCGAAACUCGGGAGGAGGCAGCAGUGGGAGAGCCAAGAGAGGAUCAAAAGGGUUGGAUGUACCCUUGAGUCGUUCGGCAUCGGUGGGCAACAUCUCGAGGGAAGUCCAAAGUCGAGGAGUGAGCCUUGACCAUAGCCCAAAUCUGAACGAGCUCUUUUAUACCAGUGAGUCUGUCUUGAGAGGAACUGACGUCUUCGCCUAACCUGCCGCUGAUCUGCAGCUCGAUGUUCCAGCCCCGAGAUGGACAGGAGGUCUUUCGCACACGGUGAUGGGAGCCCCUCCGCGUCGCAUGGUCAUUGACGACAACGAUCGCAACUCACCCUACCGUUCGCCCUACCGGGAUAUUCCCUACAUCAUCCCAUCAGAAGAUGCGCGACAUCCGUCGAUGACAACGCCGGCAACUUCGGGUACAGGCGCCGGAUCCGCUCUCCUCGACCGCAUCGCUGCAGGGUGGGGUUCGACUCUGAGCGGCCUAGGUCUGGCGCCUGCUCCGGCAAUUUCAGCUCGACAAAGAGAACGAUCUCGGACUUCCAGCGCCGGGGAUCAUAGCCUAAUGGAUACUUUCGCCUCGCACGGGAUGAUGAGCCCGAGUGCUUCGGCGCCAUUGAUACUCGAUCAUCAGUCCUCGCCUUCGCGCUCACUGCGGAGAGGUCUUCGUGGCCCACGGGAGCCUUCUAACAGGAGCACGAUACAGGGUCGAAGGUCGCUGACCUUCGGGGAGCCCAUCCAAGUUCCCCCGGUCUCGAUGGUGGGGUCAAUUUCCGACUUCAGCCAUACGACAGAAAACGCGUCGGCUCGCCCCGACUCGGAAAGCGAGAAUGGCAUCUUUGCGGACGCGGUUGAGUCAGGAGAGUAUGUGGGCGACGAUGGCGACGAAUACGAUUGCAGCAAUCACCGGCAAUCAAUGGGAGGCAGCAGUAUUUACGGCGGGUUGAGAUCGGGGACCCCCCAUGACGCAGACGCCGAGGAUGAUUUCGCUCCUCGACCCUACCGAGCUUGGCAGUUGAGCUCGGCUCCGAGAUCAUGGAGCACUACGAUGCCCGACAUACGAGAUUUCAUAUCCGUAACUUCGGAGAGUCUUAAUGCACGAGGAGUGUGAGUUCAUGUCCGCACCCUCAUCGAAGCAGGCGGAAGCUAGGCUAAACCCCCCUCACUUGGUGCCCUCUCCUUGCAGCAGCGCAACCGAUAAUACCUCGCAAAAAUGGCAAGAUACGGACCCGAAAUCCGCUUCCGAAUUUGGCCUGAAACUCUAUCCAAACAUGAGUCGUGGUGCAGAGUAUGACCCGUUCAUCGCACAUGGCCACCGAGACUCAACCUCGACCUCGCGGAGUCUGGGACCAGGGCGUAGCCCAUCGAUCAAUUCCGGCCAAGGCAGCUCACCUGCCACGCUGUAUCCCGGGUCAUCACCUCAGACGGGACAGACACGGUUCCCGGGAGGUGAUGAGCUAAACAGAAGGAAUACGCUCGGCCGAGGGGAUGAGCUUGGGAGGCUAAUGAUCGGCAAGGCGCUGUGA